CGCCGGGCGCCGGGGCCGCGGGGCUCGCUCGCCGCCGCGGAGGGCAUGAGGCGGCGAGCGGCGGCGAUGGGCGCCAGCGCGCGGUGCUAGAGCGGCAGCCGAGGUCUGCGAGGACGGUAGCCUGUACAAUAAGGAGGGAUCUGGUUUUCAAAAUGGAAUUGCAGCUCGCGCUCCUUUUCGCAGGGAUAAUUGCAUUUUCUGACUCGGCAAGAGGUCCACCGAGGAUUGCCGAUAAAGUGAUCCACCGUCAGUCUGUGAGAUUAGGCAGGACCAUCAAGCUCCUGUGUCCAGUGGAAGGUGACCCACCACCUCUCACCAUGUGGAUGAAGGAUGGGCGGACUAUCCACAGCGGCUGGACAAGGUUCCGAAUCCUUCAGCAAGGGCUGAAAAUCAAGGAGGUGGAAAGCGAAGAUGCGGGAACGUACAUUUGCAAAGCUACCAACGGCUUUGGCAGCACAAAUGUGAACUACACCCUCAUUGUGAUUGAUGAUGCCAGCUCAGGAAAGGACAGCCAGGUACCUGAAGGCUCCAAUGGAGAAUAUGAAGAUCAUUCUGGGAAGCAGUGGGCCCGGCCUAGGUUCACUCAGCCUGCCAAGAUGAGACGGAGGGUGAUCGCCCGUCCUGUUGGGAGCUCCAUCCGCCUGAAGUGUGUGGCCAGUGGGAAUCCUCGGCCUGACAUCACGUGGUUAAAGGACAAUAAGCCCCUCACACCCCAAGAGAUUGGGGAGAACAAGAAGAAGAAGUGGACACUGAACCUGAAGAACCUAAAGCCAGAGGAUAGUGGCAAAUAUACUUGCCGAGUGUUUAACAAAGUUGGAGAAAUCAAUGCAACGUACAAAGUUGAAGUAAUCCAGAGGACGAGGUCCAAGCCCAUCCUGACAGGAACGCAUCCUGUCAACACGACAGUAGACUACGGCGGGACCACAUCAUUCCAGUGCAAAGUCCGCAGUGAUGUCAAACCUGUCAUCCAGUGGCUGAAGAGGGUGGAGUACGGCACAGAGAGCAAGUACAACUCCACCAUUGACGUCGGGGGACAGAAGUUUGUUGUGCUGCCCACCGGGGAGGUCUGGUCCCGUCCUGAUGGUUCUUAUCUGAACAAACUGAUGAUUACUCGAGCCAAGGAAGAGGAUGCAGGAAUGUACAUUUGCCUGGGCGCAAACACUAUGGGCUACAGCUUUCGGAGUGCUUUUCUCACAGUCCUGCCAGAUCCCAAGCCUCCGAGUGCACCUGUGCCCCCCUCCUCGGCCAGCAGCCUGCCCUGGCCCGUGAUCAUUGGCAUCCCGGCUGGAGCAGUCUUCAUCUUCGGGACAAUCCUCUUGUGGCUUUGCCAGACCAAGAAGAAGCCCUGCUCUCCGCCGGCCGCUGCCCCUGUGCACCGGCCGCAGCCGCGAGACCGCAUCUGCGUCUCCCAGGUGCCCGACAAGGACUGCAUCUCCUCCAUAAACUACGAGGAAUACGUCGCCCAGCAGCAGCAUUUACUGUCCCAGGGGCCUGCCCUUGCCCCAGCUAUGGCAUCCAAAAUGUACCCAAAGAUUUACACGGACAUCCACACCCACACCCACUCGCACGUGGAGGGCAAAGUCCAUCAGCACCAGCACAUUCAGUACCAAUGUUAAGAGUGUGCCCAUGGACGGUAGCUCGGCUUGGGCUUUUCCUCAUGGUACCUCAGAAGAGACUGCUCCAAGUCAGCUCACACUGCCAGCAAUAGGCAAAGCAACCAGAAAAGAUUAUAUAUAUAUAUAUAAUUUUAAAUAUAUAUAUACAUAUAUAUAUAAUUGUAUAUGCGUGUGUGUAUGUGUGUAUAUAUAUAUGUGUAUAUAUCUAUAUCUAUCUAUAUAAAUAUAUAUAUAAUAGAGAGAGAGAGAGAAAAGAGAUUUUUUUUUUAAUUAUCGCAAUCAGGAUGUAGCCAAGGAGUAAUGAAGGAGCUCCAAAUCUCAGUAAAGAGGCAGCCAUGGCAAACAGCGCAGCCUUCUUGCAUUUUCUAAUCCAGGUGGCGACAAAUAAGAUGGGACACAUUGAUGUGAGCCAUCAUCUCCUUACUUGUGUUGCUAGGAGCAAUAUGAAGGAUAAGAGGAGACCGGAGAGCUUUUCCAGGUGGGCACUGCAGUUGCUGCACCUGCUGAAUAUCCAAACCCCCCCCAGAACAUCACUUGCUUUGGUGGGAGGUCAUCAGCCUUCUCACCCUUGGGAGAACGCAGGGGAGCCUAUUCCUUCAGAGUGACUCAAGCCUUAAAGUUCCUGAGGUUUAGUGCCAAAGCGCCAGGAGACACAGUCAUUUCACCUCUUUUGCGGGGGAAAAUAUAGCAUGAGAGCUUCGGGAAAAAGUAAUUUCCAUUCAAGACGUGAAAUACCAAAUGCUUCACAAGAGCAGUUCAUCGCGUCUGAAAUUAUAACCGAGCCAGCUGGUCCAAAUUCUGUAAAGCUGUUGUGUUUCUGGCAUGGAGGGGUCUGAAGAUCAAUAUGCAAGUGCUGCGUUCCCCCUAGUCCUGAGACUCAGUGCCACUGCCAGGAGAAAGGAAGGAUGGGAAGAAGAACGUUGUACAGAACAUCUUUAUAUUUAUAUUUAAGAAAUAAUAAUAAUUAAUAAUAAUAAUUGAACUGCUGAUGGUCAAGGAAGUGAAACACGCUGCCCUUCUCUGAUGGCUUACAGUGACAAGCUACUAGAUUUUUUUUUAUGUCAAUGCAAAAUACCUGAAAAAUGUUAGAUAAAAAAGAAAGAGAAAAUAAGAAAGUAAAAUAAUAAUCUUGUAGGAAAAAAUGAAUUUGAUAAAUAUGCACCUAGGUUGUGUGUGGUUCCUCCCCUCCCUUCAGAUAACAUCUGAAAAUGAUACCAUUUCAUUUUAGUUUAAACAAAAAGGAGAGACGAUUAAAAAAAGGACCAUAUUAAAUACCUAAAUGGACUGGAAAUGAAUCCAAUUGCAAAUAUAAGCCUUUGUAAUUCUAUAUAGAGUUUAAACAGAAGUCAUGUAUAUUUAAUUUAUUUUGUUAAACAAGAAAAAAUGUAUGAUAUUUUCCUCAAAACAGGCAUUUCUAUACGUAUUUUUGAUCAAAGAAAAUAAAGAUUUCUUUUUUUUUUCAGGUUCUAUAGAUGCCAUGCUCAGCAUAUGCUCCAUGUAGCGCGUAGCUGUUUAGCUUAACUUGAGCGUUGACUGUUGGUAUGCCCUUUCACAUUAGCCACGUGUAAUCCCCUAACAUCAGCGCAGGUCCUGCCAGUGCCAUCCUUUCCCCAUCCUUUCCGUUAGAAAGUGGCCUUUUCCGCUGGUUGUAUCCAGGUUGGCAGGGUCUGCACUGACCGGAUCCCAGCUCACGGAUCCCACGUUGUCUCUCUGCAGUAGCAAAGUUCUCUGCUCACAGCAGAAUCCUUUUUACCAUGUAUUGAAGAGGGGAAAAAAGAAAAAAAAGAAAAAAGAAAAGAAGUUGGGUUUGUUUCCUACCCACCAACCUGUGUUGGGCUUUCUUGCAAAAAGAAUGUUUCUUAACUCAAAACGUUAUAAUUUGUGAGCCUGUAAAAUGAGUUGCAGCCUCAGGGGGCUUGGGAGAGCAAAAUGGGCGAAUGGCUCGAGCCGUCGCUGCAGCUGCCAAGCCUGCAAGAGUCGGCAGAGGUUCGGUCCCUGCAGCGAGGGCGAGGCGGCGUGGCUGGCCCGCACGGCGGGCUCACGCCGCGGUCCUGCUGCGUGCUGCACGCAGGCACACGCACAGCGCUGAAGCUUUGGCGAAGGCGGAUGCAGCAAUGCUGCAAUGCGGUUUGCUGUUCCCCCGAGUCUCGCUUCAAUUUAGUCGAUGGAGGGAGGGAAGAAAAAAAAGUUUGGGUUGACCUGGGGUGAUUUUUCGGCUUGCUUGUCUGAGUCGCCAGCAAGCGGAGCAGCUCACCGUUUGCUGCGCCGUAGCGCUGGGAUUGGGCCACGGUUCAGCACAGCACGGAAGCUCUCGCUUUCCUUUGCCACCGCCUGCCCAGCUCCAUAGUCCUCCUACUGCCUUAGCCACCGGCAUCAGGGAUCCAUCCAUCACCAGCAUCUCCCUAUGCCCCUGCAUGCCGUGCUGGCAGUGGCCAGGGCACUCUAGUGGCACCUGGGCACAGGAGGAGGAGGAGGAAGAAGAGGAGGAGAACCUGGGAGGCCUUUGCACUUGUGUGGAGUUUACCAGCUGGAUAUUAUAGUGCGAUACUCAUGUAUCCCUCACAGUGGUCUUCCUGCAGAGGUUAAUAACAAGGCAAAUCAUUGCUUGUGUUUUUUGGAGAGGUCAGGGAUCGUUUAGGCAUUGUUAACACUAAUUUAUCAAGUCCAUAAAAGCUAAAUUCAGAUUGUGAGUAUCCAUACACAUCCCCCCAUUUUCAGGGAGGCUUAACUAUGAGCACUAAAGGCUCUGUUUGGAUAUAAGGUGUAAUUCAGGCAGGAGUUUUUAAUGGCUGUAGCUUAUUGAGCCAUUUCAUCAGAAAAUAUAAAAUGCCUUUCUACACUAAAAGUUCACCAUCUCUAUUUUAAAGAGCCAAUAAGCUGAUGUUUCCAUGAGAGCUACAGCUACUUCUCAUAGCUCCUGUCUAUAUAGGAAUCAUGCUAUCCUUGCUACCACACAUUGCAGCCCUGUGGAGGGCAUGGCGGGAGGCAAGCUUCAUCUCUGCGUGAGGCCGACGGCCCUUCUCAGCCCUCCGUGCCCCAGGAUUGUCCCAAGAGGAUGCUGCUGCACACGCAGCAGGAGACUGUGGUGCUGACACUGCUUUCAAAGGAGGGCGUGCACACCAUUUUUGUGUGGUUCAUCUCUAAGCAAACUAGGAGACUGUGUUAUGGCACUUUUUUUAAGGUGGCAGCUGUAUCUCUGAUCUUCUAUGAAAGGGAUGGUUAAAAGAAGUAAUCCUGUAUGUCCCAUAUAGUCCAGUCUUCCACGCCAAGGGUGAUGCUCUCCACCAGUGCCUUCUGCCCAUUGUAGUUCUGAAGUUCUCUGGUGUGGUGUCACGAAAUCAAAAAAGCAUAUAUAUUGCCAAACUUCUCCAGUGGAAGGAAUGGCUCCUUCUCGCCCUUUAAAGCUCUUGUUUUUAAGUGCAAAUUUUUUGUGAUGCUGAUAAUGAGAUUUACAAGCAGGAACUCUCCAGAGAGCCACCCAACAUGGACCAUGCAAGGGCUAAGGGCUGCUGCAGGUCUCAGUCCAGGUGUUGAGCACGCAAGUGGAGUCUGGGACACCUUGUGUGAGAUGCCACAAGGGUCUUAUUUUUUCAAAAAGCUCUGACUGCUCAUCCUGCCUGGAGUAGCAGCUCUCUCUUUGGUAUCACAUGCUGGACACUCAAACUGGUGGUCACUUUGUGAAAUCUUGGUCAAGGCUGGGAUCACCUGACAGCAGGGUCUAUGGAGUGGUGACCCCUUCUGGCAGUCCCAUGUGCUCAGGUGGGCUGGGAGAAGGGCAGUGAUGACCCUCAGCCAGCCUUGUCAUUGCUAGCAAAGUCCUAAAGGCAGAGCAGUGGGUAUAUUCUUAGGUGAAAUUCACCCCUAGGAAAACACAGUCUUAUGUUCUGCUUAAACAGAAAUGAGAAUACUGUCUAGGCCUUGCGUUGGCUUCCUGCGCAUGGUGGGUUUUGCCUUUCGAGGGAUUAUUUUGCCUCAAUUCUAAGUGCUCAUGCAAGAGUCACUCUGCUCCAUGCCCACUGCAUGCCUUUUGUUUUUAGGGCUCAGUUGUGCUCUGUGUAUAUUACAGUCUGCCUUGGUCUAAAUAAAUACAGCCAGAUCCUAUCCGGAUCUCAUUUUCUUCAGUGGGACAAGAUUUGCAUUCAUCUUUGUUCGUGAAUACUAGGAGUUUAAAAAAAAAACAUAGUCUUGCUAUUAACUACUGACCCUAUUUUCAAUGCAGAAAGUUUUUCUUUUAUAUAUAUAUAUAUAUAUAUAUAUAUAUAUAUAUAUAUAAAUGUAUAUACAAAUAUACAUAUAUAUGUAUGUGCCAGACUCUUACAGAAGGCAGUCAUACUUUUAACAACAUGUGGCUUCAAGGAUCAAAGGAAAUUUAGGCUUAAAACUCACCAUCUUUGUUUAUUUUAUUUGUGUUGCUGAUCAAACAUGGCCUUAUAAGUCAAUUUGUGUGUGGCAUUUUUAAACUUUGUAUGGACAAUCUUUGUACUGUCAUCCCUUUUAAACUGAAAACUUUUAUCAGCCAUUUACAAAUAAAAAAUGUCAUGUCAUUUUCAAUUGGUGGUAAAUACAGUGACUAGACACAUCAAAAA